AUCGUGUUAGCCGCAUAUUUACGAAUCAGAAUCAGAUCUAGGAAUCUAGCUCUUCUGAGAGAAUUGAUAUCCAAGAUUUUUAUUCCAUAUUGCUGUGACAACGAAUGUUAUAUCUUCGACUCAUUAUACACGUUGAAAGCUUCCAGCCAGUAAAAUUAUCGACACCGAGCUAAUGCAAUGAGCUGUACACUAAAAUGUAUAUCAAAUAUUUCUGUUGUUCGUAUUUGAAACGAGAGCAAGCCGUCAGGGGCGGCUGUUCCCCAGAACCUCCUCCGAGAUGUAUCUUUUAAACUUUUCAUUUGGGAUUGCAUUCAUCUAUUAUGGACCCACGAAUUUGUUUAUUCAUUCAAUUUUCACUUAUAAUGAGAAAACCAAAAAUCUGUGACCAUCGGGACUUCGGAAUACUGGGCGGUCAUCGCAGGUAGUCAUUGGUCAACACUGGACUAGAAGGAAGGCAUCUCGUCAAUACCACUCACCACUAACUUUUGGGAUGCUUUUAACUAAUGAAUAGUAAGAUUGACUAUCACAUUAUAACGUCCCCAUUGCUGAAAGGGAUGUCAUGUUCAGGGACGUGUUUCGAUCCCGCGACCAGCAGAUUGCGAGUCGAGCACUCUAAUCAUCAGACCAUCAUCAUCGAAGUCAAACAUGAUAUUGUUCAUGGCUCAUUCAGUAAGGUUCUAAGCCCUUGCUACAUGUAUCAAAAAUGAAGGUUGUAAAGAGAAGAUUAGCCUGCCCACAGACAGUACAGCACAUCUGGGAUGCUAUUGUUUACAUCCGUCAGCAGAAGCAAAUCCCAAAUUUUGAUAGAAUAUCUAGCUAUAUGCGACGUAAAUACAAUCUGAAGGGUAAUGAUUUAGAGCGACAGUUGAAUUUUGCAGUUCGAGAUAACUUGGUAGUGAUAAAGAAAAGUGUUGGAUGUAAGGGAUCUAAAGUUGGUGUUGAACAGGAUGGAUACAGAUUACCUGAUGAUCCAGUGCAGGAACCUGAAAGCCAUGAUUGGUACUGUUUUGAGUGUCACCGUGGUGGAGAAGUAGUGCUGUGUUCAACAUGUCACCGAGUUUAUCAUACGUUCUGUAUCAAGGAGGAUGUUUCAGAUAAAUUUAUCUGUUGUAUAUGUAAGGCAAUGAAGAGCAAAAGUCAGGUAAAAAUUAAAAAAGAUGAAAUGAAUGCCCUUCUCAGCUACACCUGCCUAAGACUAAAAGAAAAAACUCGUGAACUUCACAAGAUGAUUCAGACAGAGAACGAUGAGUGGAAGCAGUCUCGCCUAAUUUACAGGAAAAUGGAUCUACUCACUAUCGAAGAAAAAACACAAGCAAAUAGUUAUAAAAGUCUUGAAGAAUUUCAGAGUGAUGCACAGAACAUUGUUCACAAUAUUGUUAUUUAUUUUGGAGUACAUAGUGUGAUGGCAGAUAUGGCAAGGCAAAUGUUACGGGACUGCAUCUAUGAUUUGGGAGAGAUCCGCCAAUGUCACGAUUGUUAUCGUAUGUCUAAUGAGAAGUUGGAUAAGUUUUGGUUUUGUCAGCCAUGUAAUCCACCACAUGAAUUGGUAUGGGCAAGACAAAAAGGAUUUCCUUACUGGCCAGCCAAAAUUAUCAAACAAAAGAAUGAAACAUAUGAUGUUAGAUUCUUCGGUGGAUACCAUCAGAGGGCUAUUGUUGAUAGUGACAAUAUUAAACCUAUUAACACAAGCCUGCAGAAAAUUUCCGUGAAACGUACAGCUUCCUUGAACAAAGCUUUAGAAGAACUUAAACGUCAUCAAGAAUUGAUAGAGAAACAUAAAAAGGGUACACAAAUUUGCUCUCGUCCAACAUCUUCAAGUUCCCCUCGGUCCGGAUCAGUACCUCCAUCACGCACCAGAUCAAGGAAAAUAUCCAACAACUCCAGCAGUAGUUAUGAAAACACUGAAACUCCGGGAGAAAGUAUGGAAGAAGAGCAGGAUUCUGAAGAUGAAUCUCCAUCUUCAUCAUCACAGAAAACAGCACGAAUACAGAUGGCUGCUUCUCCAGAUGAUCAUAAUGUUGUGUCAUCAUCAAGUCAAGAAUCCCCUUUAGCUAAAGUUUCAGUUUGUACACAGACUCCAAAAAAGCUUCUAGCUGGUUUACUUCCUAAAGGUGGUACUGAAAAACAAAACAGUAAAUCAUCUGGUGACAGCUGCACCUGUAGUACCAAAUAUAGCAAAAUUUUGAAAGAAUUUAAAGAAAGACUUGAAAAUGAACACAAGCAAGAGAAAAAUCGAGCUGUAACCGAACUAGCCGAGAAACUACGAACAGAUUUUGAAGAGGAAAAGCAGACUGCUAUAAAAGUAGCCUUUGAAAAGCUGCAAAAAGAAGUUGAAAAGGCUCGGCAGAAAGCAGAGGAACAACUUCGUUUCCAGCAUGAAGAAGAAAUCCAACAACUUAUAGAACGCCAUCAGCAAGAAGUGUCGGAGAUCAAGAAAAAACAAUGGUGUUACAACUGUGAAGCAGAAGCAAUUUAUCACUGCUGUUGGAAUGUUUCUUACUGCAGUCUGGACUGUCAGCAGGUCCACUGGCACAAAGAACAUAAACGCACCUGUCGACGUAAGCGCCAGUGACUUGCUGCAAUGAAUAUUGAAAAUGCAUCCUUUUUUUUCCCUACCUUUUGCAGAAUAGCAUUAUUUAUCUGUUGAAAUACCCUAAAAUUUCAUCAUCAUUCUUAUUUUCAAAAAUCAUUGCUGUUUGUGAUUGAGAAUUUCUUCAAAACUUGUAGAUAAGUUUCUCAUAUAAGAUGUAGAGUUUAUAUACAUAAAAGCAUUUCCUCUGAUUUAUAUCUAUAUGGCCUGUUUUAGGGACAAAUAAGAAUUAACUGUGUUUAGGUAUAAGCAUAGGAGUACUUCAAAGGGUAUAACACGAGAUAUGAUUUUUGUAUAAAUUUACACACACAUUAAGUACAUGAUGUAUGUACAACGGUGAUACACUGUAUCAUUACCAUGUUAAGUAGGCACUUAAACAGAUCUUACUUUAACAAGCGGUUUUCUCUAAGAAAAUAAUGCCAUUUUACAGCAAGGUACAACAACAGCAUUCAAGUAAUAUUUCACCAUCAUUCCAGGUCAUUUAAUUAUGCAUCACAGUUAGUACCUGCUUUAAAGUUUGCAGUAUUGGAUGGAAAUAUAUUUGUGCUUAUUUGUUACUUAUGGGUAAGAUUCCGUUUAUGGUCAAAUGUGUGUGCAUGCUAGAACUCUAGAAAUACCCGUUUUUUGAAACUUGUAGUCUGCUUAUUUAAAACAGUUCUCCUGUAAUGACAAUAAUAACAUGUAUAUUUUUGUGUUUCUUAUUCAUUAAAACUACAAGUUUAGUCACAUGUUUAAACAAAAAAAAACACUCAAGGUUUAUAUGUAACUUAGGAGUUUAAUAAUGUGUUAUUGUGUGUGUGUGUUUUGGAUGUUUGCCAAGUAUUCUAAAUAUUUAGAAUUACAUAAAUACCUAGGUAUGAAAAGUAAUAUUAUAAUAUUUAUACAGCUGUUGUGCUGUUUUGUUUUAUUUGUUCAAAAAACAAGUAUAUAGCUGGCAAAUUGAAAAGUGGUGUAGUAUUUAAUUGUAAACUUGUAUUAACUAACUCAGGUUUAGAUUACGGUAAACCUAGGAUGCAAUAAGUUCACUUGGUAUAUGGCUUGAUUUGUGAACCAAGAACUGAUUGUCUAGUGCUGAAUUUGUAGAACUGUUUGACUAGUAGAUUUUAAGCUUUGACAACUUUUAGUAAACUACAUCAGUAGCCUGCAGCUCUCUAUUAGACUCACUUCAUUUGUCCUGUAAUAUUUUUUUUCUCUGCUCUAAGUUUUGUUCUGAAACAUCAAUAACUCGUGACUUGUGAAACACCAGAGGUUUAUAAUAAUUCUUUAGUUUAUCAUGGCAUUCAAAAAGCAAGAUCAUACAAGGUAAACAAAAUAUUGUGGAAUAAAUGUUCAUAUAAGAGAAGACACGUAAGAUCAAAGAAUAUAAAUUAAUGAAAUAUAUAUUUGUACUAAGUUAACAGAUUAAUAGGUAUAGUAAAAAAGAUUUAACUUAUUAAAGUAUUUGUCUUAAGAAUCACCUUACUUUCUACUUUAACAUAUAAAUAUUUGUCUGUGUUUGUAACCUUGGAGAAAUGACAAAUAUUUUUCACCUCUGUAGCCAAUAUUGUUUGACGUUAAUAAGUAAUAAUUUUUUACAGCAACAUAUUUUGUCAAUACACAGGCUCAUUUCUAAAGUAUAAUUUUAUUGUAGCUGAAUUGAUAUGGCAUUUCAGCUUUUUUGCAAAGCAUGAUUGGAUUAAUUAUGCAUAUAGGUGAAGUAUUCUACUUAAUUUUCAGAAAUGUUGGUUCUUUCAUGUCAGAAAAAGAUUAAAACUUGAUGUAACGGUGAAAAUAAGUGUGGUCAACGUUUUUGCCUAAAUGACCUUACAACAGAGUAACCGUUUAUUUGUAUUUUCAACUCUUGUUUUUCUGCUGUUGCAUUUGUUAUUUACAUUUCUUUGAUGUUAAUGUAUUACUUAAUAAUGAUGUACAUAAUGAACCAGUGACAAUGAUUAAAAUACACCAAAAUAUAAUAAAGUGUAAAUACAAUUGUUUUGAUGAUACUUCUUGUAUUUUAUGUUGUGAGAAAUUUGUUUUUUUUUAUGCUUUCCAUGUAAGCAUUGGUGUGUUACUGUUAUUGUUAAGUGUUGCAGCCAAAGCAAACAAUUAUGGUCCUUAACAAGUAAGGUUGAAUUAGCUGUAUUGCAGUACGGGAAUGUAUAUGUUAUAAUAAGAGUUGAGUAUCAUAAACACUAUUUGGCAAUACCGAAUUUUUUACUGCUGUCACAUGUUGGUGAUAUGAUUAGAAAUUUUUGUCGAAGUUAUUUGAAUAUUUUAUUUUAGAUUAGUAAAGUUUCAAAACUUGUAAAUAAUCUUUGUUUGCAUGUUCUUGAAGUUUUGUUUUAGUGGAAUUUAAAUUUCCUUUGGCCACACGGUGUUGUUUACAAAUAACUUAAGUAUGAUAAAGGUGUAUUCAUGAAAAUUAAAUUCUUGACUAAUUUUGGGCUCAAGCCUAAAAUUUUUUUAUCGUAUUAGAAAUUUGGAGAUAAAAAAACAAUUGUUUUAUCAUUCCUAUGCAGUUUUUUUUACUCCCAAUAAGAUACUUAUUUUCGUAUGUUUAGCAGCAAUUCAUGGAAGCAUUGUUUUUUUGUGAAUACAACAGGCUAAAAAGGAUUAUGUUAGGGUUUUUAUGAAUAUGAAAGUUUGUUUCAUUCUCUUUGCAAGAUGUAAAAGCUUUGUUGUGUUAUUACUAUGACAUGUAAUUUUUAGCUUCAUCAGUAAUUGUGAAGAAAUUGAUUUUCACCCUCAAAUGCAGCAUGUAAUUUUCUUUGUACUCGUGCUCACCUAGCUACGCCUAUUAUAAAGUCCUAAAUUGUAGAGAUCACUUAAAUUUAAAAAGUAGUAUUUUUUGGCUAACAUAAGGAAUGUAAAACAUGGCUUCACUAAAUCAUGUAUAUUAAAGAAUAAAAGUUGGGUAUUAGAAAAAUCUCAA